AUGUUUCAAACCAAAUUAUUUGCUUCACCUCUCAGAGUUUAUUCCAAAACAACAUUAUUGAAUAGUUCAAAAAGAAGCUUUACGAAAGCAGCUAAUACAUCAAAACCUUUAAAGUCUGGGUUUUUUGGAUCAACCCCUAAGAUUUUUUUAUGGAGUUUAGGUUUAGGUCUUGGUUUGUGGUACACAACAAAUUCUAGAUCUGCCAUUCACGAAUUCGUAAUUUGUCCUUUAAUAAGAUUAGUUACACCAGAUGCAGAAAACGGCCAUAAACUUGGUAUUUGGUUUCUAAAAUCAGGAUUAAGUCCAAAACUGUUCUUCGAUAAAGACCCGGAAUCUUUAAGGGUUAACGUUUUUGGUACUACAUUAACAAAUCCAAUUGGUUGUGCUGCUGGUUUUGACAAGAAUGGUGAAGCAAUUGACGGUGUUCUCCCCAUUGGCUUUGGCUUCAUGGAAGUUGGUACUGUCACGCCAUUACCACAGCCAGGUAACCCCAAACCAAGAUUUUUCCGACUACCACAGGAUGAUGCAGUAAUUAAUAGAUAUGGAUUCAACUCAAAUGGUCAUGAAAAUAUGUAUCAAAAUUUAUCCAGGCGUGUAAAUAAUUUUUUGAACUCCUAUUUUUGUGAUAAAAAGAAAACUAGUAAAUUGUCAUUAUAUAAAGAUAAACUAUUAGCAAUAAAUUUGGGUAAGAAUAAAAAUGGCGAUGAAGUCCAAGAUUAUUUAAAGGGUAUUGAAAAAUUCCAAUCAUUAGCUGAUGUUUUGGUAAUUAAUGUUUCUUCUCCAAAUACACCUGGGUUAAGAGAUUUGCAACAAGAAGAAAAAUUAACAAAUUUAUUAAGUCAAAUUGUUGCAAAGAGAAAUGAUUUAAUAUCUACUGGUAAUGCAUUAGGUGCCAUUUCCCAUAAUCCUCCUAUUUUAGUGAAAAUUGCUCCUGAUCUAAGUGUAAAUGAAUUGAAAUCUAUAGUUGAAUCUGCUAAAACAUCAAACAUUGAUGGUAUUAUAAUCUCAAACACAACAAUUCAAAGACCAAAAACUUUAACAACUGAAGACGAGAUAUUAAUAAAUGAAAAUGGUGGUCUCUCUGGUAAACCAUUAAAACCAUUAUCACUUGCUGCCCUAAGAACCGUCUCUAAAUAUUCUAAAGAUUCUAAAUUGGUUCUUGUUGGCUGUGGUGGUAUAUCUUCCGGCAAAGAUGCAAUUGAAUUUGCUAAAGCAGGUGCCUCCUUUGUUGAACUAUAUACUUCAUUCGCUUAUCGUGGUCCUGGUUUAAUUGCUAGAAUUAAAGAUGAAAUUAAAGAGGAAUUGGAAAAAGAAGGUAAAACUUGGAUGGAAAUUAUCGGUCAAGAUAAUAAAUGA